CAGAGUUAGGAGGCCAGGACAAAGAAGUUAAAGAGAGCCUAAUAUAUACAUGUUUUUGAAGGUGGGCAGAGGGAAAAAAAAGUCCCCCCAGUGAGGGUCUAUGGGUCUGAUUGUGCGGUUCUGAUGGAUCCCCCCUUAAGCAAGAGGAACCCGCCAGCGCUGAGAUUAGCGGAUUUGGCAACGGCUCAGGCCAGGCCGCUUCAGAAUAUGACAGGCUUCCCGGCGCUGGCCAGCCCGCCCGCCCACUCCCACCUCCGCGCCUCAGCCACGCACCUCCGCCCUCGGGACCUGAGCGCUGACCCCGGCGUGGCCAUCACUCCGCUCGGACCCGAGCACAUGGCUCAGGCGAGCGCGCUCGGCCUCAGCCCUCCCUCCCAGGCGCUCCCGGCACAGCCCGAGGCGCCGGCUGCCGCCGCCCGCGCCGCACUCUCGGUCGCGCACCCCGGCGCCUGCACCUACCCGGGUGGCGGGGGCAGCAGCCGCGCGCAGCCCUCCGCGCCCCCGCCCCCCGCCCCCCCUCUUCCUCCCUCCCUUUCACCCCCUCCUCCUCCCCCUCCCCCUCCUCCUGCCCUCUCGGGCUACACCACCACCGACAGUGGCGGCGGCGGCAGCAGCGGCAAAGGCCACAGCAGGGACUUCGUCCUCCGGAGGGACCUUUCCGCCACGGCCCCCGCGGCGGCCAUGCACGGGGUCCCGCUUGGAGGGGAGCAGCGGUCUGGCACCGGCUCCCCCCAGCACUCGGCCCCGCCUCCCCACUCGGCCGGCAUGUUCAUCUCCGCCAGCGGCACCUACUCCGGCCCGGACGGCAGCGGCGGCGGGGGCCCGGCGCUCUUCCCUGCCCUGCACGACGCUCCGGGAGCCCCCGGCGGCCACACGCACCCGCUCAACGGCCAGAUGCGCCUGGGGCUGGCGGCGGCCGCGGCAGCCGCCGCGGCGGAGCUCUACGGCCGCACCGAACCGCCCUUCGCGCCGCGCUCCGGGGACGCGCACUACGGGGCGGUGGCGGCGGCUGCGGCCGCCGCCCUGCACGGC